AUACUCGUGUUAGCUCAUUUCACUUAUGGGCCUAAUGGAUCAUCUUCUCCCUCCCCCCCUCCCCCCCUGUUGACUCAAAUGCUGGACAAACGAAAACAACAAUUUAAGUCAUCAAAUCACCUUUCAGAUUUAAUCACACAGAACCCUACUCAUGCGCCAUGUCAAACAUUGCGAGUAAACUAAAGCAGGCAUGUGACUAAUCAGGGAGGUUGUGUUAUUAUGUAUUGAUAAAGCCAGCAGCUGGGAGGGUUUGUGGUUUCAGCAAAUAGGAUUCUCCUCAAUUGCUGUGGGAUUUUACAUUUUAGAGACACAAGUCACAUCAGAGAACAUUGCCUCCUAUGGAAGGGAACUUCUUCAGGUCUGAUCCUCAACAAGCACAUGAAGAUGGCUUCUUAGUUAAACAAAACCCUAAUCUCAUCACAGCUCAACCUAAUGAAAGCGGCUGUUUUGAUUGUGACAUCUGUCUAGACACAGCUCAUGAUCCUGUCGUCACUCUCUGCGGACACCUUUUCUGCUGGCCUUGCAUCUACAAGUGGCUACACGUUAAGCUAUCUCCUGUCUUCACUGAUCACCAUCAUAACACCUGCCCUGUCUGCAAAUCCAGUGUUACCGUCACCUCAUUGGUUCCACUCUAUGGAAGAGGCAUGUCUUCCACGUUUUCCUCCAAGAAACAAAACUCAGACAUACCACGCAGACCCGGUCCAUCAACUUUCACUACACAACCAUCUCUGUAUCCAAGCUUGCGGCAUCGAACUCUGUCUCCAAUGUUUCAUAACCACCGAUACUCCCCUCGUGCCUUCACCGCAACUGAAUCAACUGACCUUGCCAGUGCGGUAAUGAUGAGUUUUCUUUACCCGGUGAUUGGAAUGUUUGGGGACUUGGUCUACACCAGGAUCUUCGGAACCUUCACAAACACAGUAGCUCAGCCUUAUCAAAACCAGAGGAUGAUGCAGCAUGAGAAGUCUCUUAAUAGGGUAUCGAUAUUCCUAUUCUUUUGCUUCCUCAUUUGCCUUCUCCUCUUCUAGCUCUAUCACACUCUCUCUAUGUAAAUAGCCUGUACAAUUCCAAGUCAUUGUGGUAUAACAAGUAUAUACAACCAUUGCUAUCUAUAGACUGUAUCUUAUCUUCAUGAACCAUAUGAACACUACUAGUUGUUGAGUUGUUUGUCUUAUAUAUCAGAUAAAUUUAUAAAUGGUUUACUGUA